AUGGUUUUCCUCGGCAAGAUUCUUCCACUCGCCCUGGCGGCUCUCUCCGUCAAUGGAGCAGAAAUCCUCUCCGCCCCCGGUGCAGAGAACAUCCCCAACGGCUACAUCGUCGUGAUGAAGGAGGGUACCUCUACCCAGGACUUCGAUGCUCACCGUGAAUGGGUUGCAAGCGUUCACCACGAGCGCCUCGCCCGCCGCGGCUCUACCAACGUCGGUGGAAUGCGCCACACCUACAACUUCAACCAGGGCUUCAUGGGUUACGCCGGUACCUUCGAUGAGGAGACAAUCCAGGAGAUUGCCAACCGUGACGAUGUUGCAUACAUCGAACGCGACCAGAUUAUGAAGGCCUCUGCCAUCCAGACCCAGCGCAAUGUCCCAUCCUGGGGUCUUGCCCGUGUCUCCUCCCGCCAACCGGGAGGCAGAGACUACAGCUAUGACUCUACCGCAGGACAGGGCGUUACUGCCUACAUCAUCGAUACCGGUAUCGAUAUCCGCCACACAGACUUCGGUGGCCGUGCCGUCUGGGGUACCAACACCGUUGACCGACGCAACGAGGACUGCAAUGGUCACGGCACUCACGUUGCUGGCACCACUGGUGGUACCAGCUUUGGUGUCGCCAAGAGGGCGAGACUAGUCGCUGUCAAGGUCCUUGACUGCAAUGGAAGCGGAAGCAACUCCGCUGUCAUCGCCGGAAUGCAGUGGGCCAUGCAACACGCCAGCCAGAACGACCCCCGCCGGGCUGUCGCCAACAUGAGUUUGGGCGGUGGCUACUCUCAGGCUACCAACCAGGCUGCCGCUGCUAUCGUCCGAGCUGGAAUCUUCCUUGCCGUUGCCGCUGGUAACGAUAACAGAGAUGCUCGCAGCUUCUCCCCCGCCUCUGAACCAACUGUCUGCACUGCUGCCGCUUCCCACGUCCGUGAUGGCAAGGCUUCCUUCUCCAACUGGGGCCAGCUCGUCGAUGUCUACGCUCCUGGCCAGGACAUCAUCUCCGCCAGACCCGGUGGUGGCUCUCGCAGCUUGUCCGGAACUUCCAUGGCUUCUCCCCAUGUUUGCGGUCUUGGUGCCUAUCUCAUCGGCCUUGGCCGUGGCUCUGGUGGCGGUCUCUGCGACACCAUCAAGCGGAUGGCUCUCCCAGUUAUCAGCAACCCUGGCAGCGGUACCACCAACCGCCUCAUCAACAACGGCGUCAGCCAGUAA